CGCGUAAAAGUAUUAGGGCAUCUGGGCUGGGCGAGAUAACGGUGAGUUGAUCGCUAUCGUUCUUGCAUCGGCGUUAGGGCAAUCCAGCCAAGCAGUGAGUUGCUGUUAGGUACGAAAUUGCUUUCCGACAUGGGACAUGCACGUCACCAGCGCGGAGGCUCCCCGGCUAUCAAGCCGUCAGUCGGUGUCGGGGCGUCUGCCCAGCUGCGCUCAGCGGCAGACGCAGCAGACGAGCAAGCAGAGUCGAACGAUGCGACUAGCAGCCUCUUAUCGCCAGCAUCAUCGCGUGUCAGGCCAUUACUGCAGAAUGCAGUACAGUCCACAGUCCUGUACAGCACCCAGACAUGCGACAUGCGACAUGCGACGCCACGCCCAUCUCGCCCAUCUCAUCUCAUCUCACUCCACACGUGUCCCUCCAAGUCUCCACAGAUCCACUCCGCUCCGCCCUGUCGUCUCACCGCCCGCCUCCGAACACCGGCACUGCAGUAGCACUGACAUAAUCCGCUUCUCGCCGACCGGGAUUGGCGGAGAUACUCGGGUGGAUCUGAUCUCGGUAGGCUUGCACGCCAGCCUAGCCCCGCGCCAGAAUUAGAGUAGAGCGCCUAC